UUUGGAAAGCUCAACCGGAAGCGUUGCCCUUUCCCCUCCUAGGUUUCAAUUGAGUUGUCAUGUUAGCGUGUUUCUUGGACACUCCUAGCUUGGACCCCGUUGCUCUGCUGGUUACCUCAAGCUCCCCAGGAAACCAUGGCCGAGCAGGCCGCGGGAUCCGCUCCCUCGUCCCAGCAUGACGACGAGCUCCAGCAGCGGGUGGAGGUUCUGGAGCGGGAGAAGGCUGAGUUCAACCAGAAGCGAGCAAAGUUUAAAGAGCUGUACUUGGCCCAAGAAGAGGAGCUGAAGAGGCAGACGUCGUUGCUGGAGGCCGCCCAAGCUGAGCUGAGCACCGUCCAGGCGCAGCUCUCUGAAGCCCGGGCCGAGAUCGAGACCAUCAAAGCGGUGGCCACCGUGUCAGAGAACACCAAACAGGAGGCCAUUGACCAAAUCCGCAGCCAGUGGCAGGAGGAGGUGGCCUCGCUGCAGGCCAUCAUGAAAGAAACCGUGUGCGAGUACGAGGUUCAGUUCCACCAGCGUCUGGAGCAGGAGCGAGCCCAAUGGGGCCAGUACCGGGAUGCCAUGGAGAGGGAGGUGGGCGACCUGAGACGCCGGCUCACCGAGGGUCAGGAGGAGCAGAACCUGGAGGACGAUAUGAAAAAAGCUCAGGAGGAUGCCGAGAAGCUCCGCUCAGUGGUAAUGCCCAUGGAGCAGGAGAUCGGGGCACUCAAAGCCAAGCUCACCACAGCCGAGGACAGAGUCAAGGAGCUGGAGGCGUCUAAGGUCAAGGAGCUCAAUCACGUUCUGGAGGCUGAGAAGUCCUGCCGCACGGACCUGGAGAUGUACGUGGCAGUGCUCAACACGCAGAAGUCCGUCCUGCAGGAGGAUGCAGAGAAACUGCGCAGAGAGCUCCAUGAAGUGUGCCACAAACUGGAGCUGGAGCGUCAGCAGCACAACCAGCUCAAGCACACGUGGCAGAGAGCCAACGACCAGUUCCUGGAGUCCCAGCGCCUCCUCAUGAGGGACAUGCAGAGAAUUGAAAGCGUGCUGUCGUCCGAGCAGCUCCGGCAGGUGGAGGAGAUGAAGAAGAAAGACCAGGAGGAGGACGAGAAAGAGCGGCUGAGCCAAGUGAAGGAUCUCCACGAGGAAGAUGGCGGAGACAACACAGAACCCCUGGAGGAUUUAUUCCUUGGUCUGAGUGUUGAGGAGCCGCCAACUAACCACAGCGCCCACGGCUCCAUGCACUCCCUGGAUGCUGACGUGGUGGCAGGCAGCCUGGCCGACCCUUACAAGGACAACCUGCGGAGAGUCCAGUCGACCGACAGCCUCGGUUCCUCACUAUCCGGCCAGCAAGGUCUGGGUGGUCAGAACCACAAGGCCAAGUCAGCCAGCCACUUGGACGAGUCGGACUUUGGGCCCUUAGUGGGGGCUGACAGCAGUGUCGCAGACAGUAGUUUUGGCGAGACCUUGUCCAUCAGCUCCAUAAAGCUCACGGCCAGCCACUUUCUGCUGACAAAAGACCAGGAGAAGGCCAUUAAAGCCAUGACCCCUGAGCAGGAGGAGACGGCGUCGUUGCUGUCCAGCAUCUCACAAGCCCCCGACUCUGCUUAUUUACCUCCUUCAGGCUACCGCCUGGUCAGUGAUAGUGAAUGGAACCUGCUGCAACAAGAGGUCAAGAACGCCGGCAGGAAGUUGGGCCGUCGAUGCGACAUGUGCUCCAACUACGAGAAGCAGCUACAGGUCCUCCAGGGGCAAGAGGCCGAGACACGAGAUCAGGUGAAGAAACUGCAGGCAAUGCUGCGUCAGGCCAAUGACCAGCUGGAGAGGACGAUGACCGAGAAACAGAACCUGGAAGAUUCGGUCAAGGUGGGAAACGAGGAAACUUCGGCUAAGGUGUCCACCCUCAUACAAAGAGUCCAGGAGUCUGAGACACUGCUGGGCACGCUACAAGAGGCCUUCAGUGAAGCUAAGAGGAACACCCAGGAACAGAUGGCUGUGCUGGUGCAGUCGAGGGAGCAAGUGGCAGACGAGCUGAGUCGACUACAGAGGGACAACGAGAGCCUGCAAGGAAAACACCGUCUCCACACGGAGCUGCAAGAGGACUUCAUCAUGCCCAGCACUGUGCAAGAGCUCCAGGCCAAAGUGUCAGAGCUGCGUGAGGACACGGUGGCGCUGCGGACGUCUGCAGACCACAUGGAGGAGAAGCUGAAGGCGGAAAUCCUCUUUCUCAAAGAGCAGAUCCAGGCGGAGCAGUGCCUCAAGGAGAACCUGGAGGACACGCUGCAGCUGGAGAUCGAGGGCUGCAAGGAGGAGAUCGCGUCCUUCUCCAGUUUGAAGACAGAGCUGGAGCGGAUAAAGGCAGAGAAGGAGCAGUUGCAGAGCAGGUUAGCAGAGAAGACGGAGACACUGGAGAGCAUCCAGGCCUUGAAGACGAGUCUGGAGCAGCAGCUUAAAGAGUUGAGCGCAGCCAAGGGUGCACUAGAGAGUCAGGUGUUGGAAGAGAAGGACAAAGCCCAGCGCUUGCAAACGGAGCUGGAUGUCAGCGAGCAAGUUCAGAAGGACUUUGUGAAGCUUUCUCAGACUCUUCAGGUCCAGCUGGAGCGAAUACGGCAGGCCGACUCGUUGGAUCGAAUCCGAUUAAUCCUCAACGACACCAACCUGACUGACAUCAACCAGCUUCCUGAGACAUGAUACCCAACCUGUGGAAACGGACUGCCUUCAGUUUCAUCCCCCCCCCCCUUCUGCCUCCCCACAUCUUUCUCCAUCCCAAUUAACAUUAUUGAUCUGACACUUUUAAGCCUCACCUGCUCCUCCACCUCCUUCUUCUCCAUAACCGUCAUGGCGACGGCAUGAGGAGCCCAUGGCCUUCUGUUGUGUACAUUCGAUCACCAUGGACACAGUAAUGAAGAACACUACUAAAAACAUGUAAAAAGUAAAUGUGUGUGUGUUUGGAAGUCUGCCUGUUGAUAUGUGUGUGUGUGUAUGUGUAUUGUUCUUACUGUAGAUAUGACUAUUAAUUCAGUUACAACUUUAUUUGUCCAAUGAGCUCAACCAAAAACCAAAAAAAAGGUUUGUCGUCAUCUAAAAGCACUUUUUCCUCUGCGGCUUCUCUUUUCUCUCCGACUGGUCCACAAUUGUUCAACUCUCAGCUUUUUCUGGCUGUUUUUAUGUGACAUUUUCCUCCUUCCGUGUACAACCUUAUAACACAAGAUGAAGGAAACAUUACGGAUAUUGCACGUGACUCACUGGGAUGAAUGCAAAAGUUGUGCGAGCUGCUGUAUCUUGCUUUUCUUAAGCUCCUCUUUUCAUUUUAAAUAUGCAGAAAUACAGUGAAGAAACACACAUCUGCCAUGUGGGUUUUAUUCCUUCAUUUUGACUGGUUAACACGGUGUUUAUUGUGUAGGGAAGGAAAUCAGCACAUUUCCCAACUUAAAACUGAACAGCUUUUUAAAAUAAAUUUUCAUUUUUUUCAAUAGUAAUUUUGACUAUUAUCAAAAAGGAAUGAGGAUAAGCGGUAGAGAAUGAAUGAAUGAAUGAAUAAUAAUCAUUCAGUGAUACUUUUAAAGAAUAAUAAUUUGGUCAAUAAAAUGUCAACUUCAGUGUGCAAAAUGUGUUUUUUCAUUUUCUAUUUCAAAUGCAAAACACAAGAAUAGAAGACUCAAAGCAGUGGAGAGGACAGCUGGGCUUUUUGGUCAUAUGUGAUUUGAUGGGGGUCGUCCAAUGACGAUGAAAUCCAAGAUAUACCUUCCCUAAAUGGUUGUC